AUGAGGAACUGUCUGAUUGCCUUUAUUAUCACAUUGUUCAGCAUUUGUAGCAUUGGUAGAUGCUACGUUAUUCCAGGCAAUACUACUCUGGAACUGUUUGCGAACAUCUCAAUAACGGAGGUGCCCGGCGAUGCGUUAGACAUACUGACUGAUGGUUUUAGGGUGACCGCAGAUCUCACAGUUUAUCAGGUUGCACAUAUGCUCUACACUCGCACACCCUAUGUAUUGAAUGACUCGGUGGUGUUUCUGGACAACAACGGAAACAUUCUGGCAUCAGGAGGUGCUGAGAUUGAGGGCGACCCUGAAGGACAAAGUAUCAGGCUCUCGUUGACAGAAGCUCAGGCCGAUGCAGUGAACCAGGUACCAUACAUUUAUGAGGAGCUUGAACAAGACAUUUUCGAACUCAUUGCAGACACUUAUUCGAGUGUGAGCGAUAGUAAUACACUUGAACGGAGAGGUAAUCCACUAAAUUAUAUCUGUGGGUUUAACCUGAACUACAACUCAUGCAAGAGCUACAAAAAUUGUAACAGAGAAAGGAGUGCCGGCAGCGGCAAAAAAUGUGGGUGUCUGAAGGCAGGCCAAAUGAGGCUAUGCUUGACAUAUAAGCCUUAG